AUGGCCAAGGUAACAGUCUCCCUCAUCUCCCUCAUCGCCGCCCUCGCCCUCAUCUCCCCCGUGACCCCUUUCUAUAUGUCGCCGUUCCUCAACCACAUAAACAGCACAAACAUAACCUACCACAGGCCCCAACCCCCCAUCCCCGUCCCCACUGCAGUCCUCGGCCGGCCCUCGGCUCCGUGCGCCGACCCCGGCCAACUCUUCGAGUCCCCGGGCCGGGCCUCCCUCGCCACCGGCGCCGAGUCCGAACCUGAGGGCCCCAGCUUCUACCGUGGCAGCGAGUACUGGCGCGACGAGAUCUGCGGCAUGUCCUCCUUCGCCGGCGUCACGCGCGCCACCUCGGCCCUGACCUCGGACUGCAUCGCCCUCGCCGACGACGCCGCCGAGGAGCGCCACCUGUGGUACGCAAAGGGCUUCGCCGACAACACGACGCUCCUCGCGAUCCGCAGCCGCGGCACCUGCACCUUUGGCAUCCGCCCGCCCUACGCGGACGUCAUGCACGAGAUCGCCUCCGGGUGGUACGUCGGCGGCAUGGACGUCGCGCAGAUCGUCCGCACCGCCGUCCGCGACCACGACGCCGGCGGGCUGGUGGGCGCGACCGGCAUGAUGCACUGCGCCAUCAGCGACGCGGCCAACGUCGAUGUCCAGUGGGCCGUCUAUGGGCCGGGCGAGCAGGCCGAGGCCGGGUGGUGGAUGGCGCCGCCUGUGCCCUCGUCUGCUGGGAGGAAGGCGCCUGUUGGCGCGGCCAUGUUGUCGGCUGUUGUGGUUUCUUGGCUGUCUUUUUUGUGGUACAUUGUGGGUUGA